AUGGAAAUGUUGCAUAUGGGUCACAUGUUCCAUGACGAUGAUGAUGUUUUUCAUCUGGAGGAAGAGCUUAAUAUUGUUGAAGAAGAUGGACAAGUUAAAUUACCAAGAGGAUUGCAAUUAUUGGAGUCACAAGUUGCUGGUCAUUCCUAUGAUUUUAAUAAUGGAAUUAUUGGAAUGUUAAAGAAAAAUGGCCACAUUUACAAGCCUGGAAUCAAAGAUGAUUUGUUUGAAAGAGAAAAGAGCUUUUAUGAGCAAAUAAAAACAUCAGAUAAUGAAGUCUACAAAGCUUUAGCGAGAUUAACUCCCAAGUAUUUUGGCUCUGGUGAAUUUAUUUUCAUGAAAAAACCUCUUAAGUUUUUAAUUCUGCAAGAUAUUACCGAGGGAAUGAUAGAACCUUGUGUAAUGGACAUUAAAAUUGGCAAACGUACUUGGGACCCUCUCGCAGGUCCAGCUAAAAAAUUGAAAGAAGAUUUCAAGUACAAAGAAAUGAAGCAGGCUCAUUCAUUUUGUAUUCCCGGCUUUCAAUGCUUAGUCGUUCAAAUCUUAGCUUCAUUAUGGGAAAUACUGUCAUUCUUCCGUUUUCAAACUGAUUUACGUUUUUACUCAAGCUCAAUACUAAUCGCCUACGAUGCUAAGCGUUUGAAAAAAUUAAUUGCCAAAGAAUCUGCUGAUGAAUGUAAUGGAAGACUGUAUGAUUCGAACCAACGAGUUGGCUCACCGAUGGUCCUCUCAUCACCGUCUCACAGCGCGUAUUCCAGCGGAUUCAGCUCUCCUAGAUGUAUGUCUCCGUUAUCUUCAAGCCCUGCGUCGAAUCAAUUUUUGAAAAUAAAUGGAAAAAGCACACUUGAAAAAUCCAGCUCUGAUCACUCAAUCAAUGGAAGCAACCGCUUUCUUAAUAUUGAUAACAAUAAUGUUAAACUUUGCCGUACUCAUUCGUUUGAUAACAACUUUGAACGCGAUAUGAUAGAAAUGAAGGAUGACUACGCUGAUUUACUAGAUCAACUUACUAAUAAAUUGCACCGCAAUUGGGUGCGUGUUAAAAUGAUCGAUUUCACUCAUGUUUUUCCUACCGAAGUACACGAAGUUGAUCGUAAUUACCUGCAGGGCCUUGAGACGCUUAUUAAAAUUUUUGAGUCGUUUUUGAUGUGUUCAAACGAUGAAAUGAGUUUGAAAAAGUAA